AUGAUGCAAAAUGGAUCUUGUUCUAUCGUUGAUCAGAGAUUUCUCUAUGAACAAUACAAAUCGGAGUUUGAAGAAGGGGAAGGAGAAGGAGAAGGAGUCCUCGACCCGCAACGGAUAGAGGAGGAUUUAUUCAAUCACAUAGUUUGGGCUCCUAGAAUAUGGCGCCCUUGGGGUUUUCGAUACAAUCAAAUAGAAAGCCCCAACGAAUUGGGAUUUCCCUAUUGGGCCAGGUCAUUUCGGGGCAAGCGGAUCAUUUAUGAUGAAGAGGAUGGGCUUCAACAGAAUGAUUCGGAGUUCUUGCAGAGUGGAACCAUGCAGUACCAGACACGAGAUAGAUCUUCCAAAGAACAAGGCUUUUUUCGAAUAAGCCAAUUCAUUUGGGACCCUGCAGAUCCACUCUUUUUCCUAUUCAAAGAUCAGCCCUUUGUCUCUGUGUUUUCACAUCGAGAAUUCUUUGCAGAUGAAGAGAUGUCAAAGGGGCUUCUUACUUCCCAAACAGAUCUUCCUACAUCUAUAUAUAAACGCUGGUUUAUCAAGAAUACGCAAGAAAAGUACUUCGAAUUGUUGAUUUAUCGCCAGAGAUGGCUUAGAACCAAUAGUUCAUUAUCUAAUGGAUUUUUCCGUUCUAAUACUCCAUCUGAGAGUUAUCAGUAUUUAUCAAAGCUGUUCCUAUCUAACGGAACGCUAUUGGAUCAUGGAGCUGAAAUAACUAUUGAUAACCCAAAUCUUCGGUGGAUCCCCCUUUUCCAUCACAUAGAACCAACGAAUAGAGGAGGAUUUAUUCAAUCACAUAGUUUGGGCUCCUAG